AUGGUAAUUCGUCAAGUUGUUCGUUUAUACGGAUUGGUACCGCGCGCCCAUAACAACCUUUUUAAUGUUUCUCUGGGGGUGCAAUAUUCAAUUAAAAGAAAAAGCUCGACCAUUUCGGCAGAACAAACUAACAAAGUUGACAAGCCGAAAUCUAGAGCGAGCUCAUUGGUUCAGAGCAUUUUUCAUGGCUCGCCAGCCGCUAAGGAAGAAGAAAAACAAACGCAUUCUAAGCUACUUGCACGUGGAAAAUAUGUUCACGAGUUGCAAAAACACAAAAUAAAACCGGAAUAUCACGAUGACUACAUAAAACUUGUAUCUGAACAUUAUCCACGCAUCGCCAACAAUCAGGAAAUUUUCGUUCAUCUAUGCGGUAGUUGGCAGACUGAAAUUGGCGAACUAGACACAUUUUUUCAUAUCUGGGAAUAUAAAGGAUAUUCAGGCUAUCAUAACACGCAGAACCGGAUCAAUAAUGACGCUAGAUUCCUCAAAGAAAUAAAACCAAUGCUUAUUCAGCGUACGAAUCAAAUUUGCCUUGAAUUUGCUUUUUGGCAAACUAGUCCUCCAAAUGUUUUUGGUGGGAUUUAUGAACUAAGAACCUAUGAGCUAAAGCCUGGAAAUUUAUUGCAAUGGGAAUCUUAUUGGAAUCGCGGAUUAGAAUGUCGUAGACAAUUUUGUGAGCCAGUUGGGGCUUGGUUUUCUCAGUUAGGUGCUCUCAAUUAUGUGCAUCAUAUGUGGCAAUAUCCCGAUCUGGAGAAACGUAAAGUUACACGUGAGCAAGCAUGGCAGGUUGAUGGAUGGGCUGAAACUGUUUAUCAAACUGUCCGAUUGGUUCGCAAAAUGGAAACAAACAUUUUGCAACCUCUUGAUUUUAGUCCACUUCGAUAA